AUGAGAAUUGGCAUUCCUAUGAUCAAAUGGUCUGGGACAGAGGGUGACUACAAUGUCCUAGUCCUUCAACUGCUUGGUCCCAGUCUUGAAGAUCUAUUUAACUUUUGUGGACGUAGGUUUAAGCUUAAGACCGUUCUUUUGCUGGCUGAUCAGAUAAUUGCACGUGUCGAGUACAUUCAUUCGAGGAAUUUUCUUCAUCGUCGUGGUCAAACUAGGCUUCAUAAUGUGAAGGAGUAA